AAUUCAGUCACAUUAAAGAAUAGUAUAAUGCGGUCACUUGUGUUGCUUGGGCUGGCGCUGGUCGCCUCUGUCGCCGCGGAUGUUAGCAUCCCGAAAUCUUACCACGAUGAGGUCGGGAUUCCUGAGGCGCAGAGGAUUAAGGCUUAUGAAGAGAGUAUUAUGUCCAAUCCAGACACUAGGCCACCAACUGCACUAGGAAGGAUCGUUGGAGGAUCUGCCGCACCUAUUAAUGCUCACCCUUACUUGGGUGGCUUGGUCAUCAGUCUUGUCAACGUCGCCGGUAACUCAGUGUGCGGCUCCUCUCUAGUAUCACCCAAUCGCCUUCUGACUGCUGCUCACUGCUGGUUCGAUGGUACGCGUCAAGCGUGGCAGUUCAUCGUGGUCCUCGGCUCUCAGUUCCUCUUCCAAGGUGGCAAUCGAAUCGGGACUAGCAAUGUCGUCAUGCACCCACAAUAUAAUUUUCGCAUGUUGUUUAACGACAUUGCUGUCAUCUAUCUUCCAAGCAGAGUGACUUUCACUAGUGCCAUCCAAGCUGUGUCGCUUCCAAACUCAUGGGAACUGACUGAGUCAUUCGUCGGAGAUUGGGCUGUAGCAGCUGGAUACGGAAGAGUUAGCGACACUCAAGCGGGCGUCACCAUUAACACCUUGGUGAGCCAUGUGAACCUUCAAGUUAUCAGCAUGGCGGAGUGUCAGAGCGUUUUCAGCUCUAACAUUAUCGCGAGCACCCUGUGCACCAGCGGAAGAGGCGGAGUGGGCGUCUGCGGCGGCGACUCUGGUGGCCCUCUUGUUGUCAACCGCUGGGGACGUAUCAUUUUGGUCGGAGUAACGUCUUUCGCGGCUCAAAUUGGAGGAAUGUCUGCCUGCGAACGUGGCUUCCCUUCAGGCUUUGCUCGUGUCACCAGCUUCGACAACUUCAUCAGACAACACUUGUAAUUGACUGAGUCGGAACUAUUACCUAUCUGUGUAACGGAAUCUGGCUUAUUCGUGAAGAACUGGAGAUCUAAUAGGUACAGUUUGUCAAUGAAAGGAAAUAAAGCAAUAAAUGGGAUUAAUCUAA